AUGGCGGCAACAAAUUCAGCUUCAUCAACAACAUCGGUUAAUCAAUCUUCGAAAAUUCUCUUAGCUACAGCUUUAGUGCUAAUCGAAGACAAUUGUGGACUGAAGUACCCUGCACGAGCGCUGUUGGAUUCAGGAUCAGAAUCCAAUUUUGUUUCGGAGAGAUUAUGCCAGCGUAUGAGAAUAUCCAGAACAAAGGUAGAUGUCUCUAUAGUGGGAAUUGGCGGUGUGGCAACAAGUGUAGAGCAUAAAGUACAUGCAACAAUUCGAUCUCGAACAUCUCCAUAUGCGCAAAAAAUGAGUUUCCUAGUUCUUCCGCGGGUGACACUCAACCUACCAACUGCAACAGUACAAACGAAAGGCUGGAACAUGCCCGACGGCAUCGAACUGGCCGAUCCAGCAUUUUAUCAAUCUGGUAGCGUCGAUUUAGUGUUGGGAAUAAAAUCAUUCUUCAGCUUCUUCCAAACGGGAAAUGAAAUAUCAUUAGGAGACAGUUUACCACGACUUACAGAAUCUGUGUUUGGCUGGGUGGUAUCAGGAGAAAUGGCAUCAGAAGAACCAAUUUCACGCAUUAGUUGCAACAUGGCAAUAUCAGAUCGAUUAGAGGAGCUUAUAACUCGAUUUUGGUCCUGCGAAGAAGUAGGAACUACCAACUACUCACCUGAGGAAUCAUGCUGUGAGGAAUCAUUCCAGCGCACAGUGCAGCGCAGUGCAGAUGGUCGUUACACUGUGACACUUCCAAAAAAUGAGGACAUCAUAUCAAAAUUAGGAAAAUCAAUGGAAAUAGCUAAAAAACGCUUCGAAAGCGUGGAACGACGACUCACUCGAAACGAUAUAUUACGAGAGCAAUAUCAAAGGUUUAUGAAAGAAUACAUCGAAAUGGGGCAUAUGCGGAAGGUGGAGGAGGAUCAAUCAAAUCAAUUAAAGCGAUGUUAUCUACCGCAUCACGCUAUUCUAAAGGAGUCCAGUACCACUACGAAAUUGAGAAUAGUUUUUGAUGCCUCAUGCAAAACAUCGAACGGUAUUUCUUUAAAUGACGCAUUGUUCGUGGGUCCAGUUAUUCAACGAGACCUCAGGGCAAUUCUCCUUCGCUGUCGAACUUAUCAAGUGAUGAUUGUGGCUGACAUUGAGAAAAUGUUUCGCCAGAUAAACAUAGAUCCCAAGGAUGCACCACUGCAGAGUAUUUUAUGGCGAGCUGAUGAGAAUGAAAACCUUGCAACGUACGAGUUGUCCACAGUAACUUACGGGACGAAACCCGCACCAUUCCUGGCAACUCGCACUUUGAAACAACUGGCAUCUGAUGAACGUGAGAGAUAUCCACUAGCUGCGAAGGCAGUCGAAGAAGAUAUGUACAUCGACGACUUAAUCACAGGAACGGAUGACGUCAAUACAGCAAUAGAAUUAAGAAGACAAUGUGAGCAAAUGAUGUCCAGCGGCGGGUUCACUUUGAGAAAAUGGGCUUCAAACGUAACAGCAGUAUUGGAAGGCGUUGCUCAAGAAUCACUCGCAUCACCAGAAAUUCAUGAAAUCAGCUGGGAGCUGGAUCAGGCUGUGCAAUCAUUGCCACGCUUGGAACUUUGUGGAGCAGUACUAGCGGUCGAAUUGAUGGAAAAGGUGAAGGAAGCAGUACGAGCACACAAAAUUUUCUUCUGGACCGAUUCAACCUGUGUGCUUCAAUGGAUCAAGGCUACGCCAACCACGUGGGUAACAUUUGUGGCAAAUCGGGUGGCAAAUCGGGUGGCAAAAAUUCAAAAUUUUCGAGGAAAAUGGAAUCACGUUCCCGGUACAUCCAAUCUAGCGGACUUAAUUUCAAGAGGAGUAGCUCCAGAUGUCAUCGGAAAAUGCAGCUUGUGGUGGGAGGGCCCAUGCUGGUUGAAAGAAGUUGAGGAAAACUGGCCAUGUCAGCCAACAGUCGUUGACGAGGAUCCGUCAGAGGUCCGCCGCAAGGUGGCAGCAUGUUUGACGGCAGUGGAACCGGAGUUCGACAUCUGGUACAUCUCGAAAUUUUCGUCAUAUACAAAAAUGAUACGAACAACGGCGUACUGGGUGCGUUUAAUUGAGCUUCAGAGGAACCCAAAAUCGGAUCACAAUUUUGGAUUCCUUACAUCAAGCGAGCUCAAGGGAGCGGAAAUGAUUUUGUUUCGCUUGGUUCAACGGUUGGCGUUCAACCAAGAAAUUAGAGCACUGUCGAACAGCAAACCAGUGCCUCGUAAUUCAUCACUUCGAUGGUUCAAUCCUUUUAUCAUGGAAGACGGCAUACUACGCGUAGGUGGGAGAUUAAGCCAAUCUCAAGAACGAGCUGAAACAAAGCAUCAAAUUGUAUUACCGGCUAAGCAUCCAAUAACCACAAUGAUUUUUGUUUACCAUCACGAAAAGUUGUUGCACGCCGGUCCACAAUUACUGCUAAGUGCUGUCCGGUUACGUUUCUGGCCAUUAGGCGGCCGAAACAUUGCUAAAAGGGUGGUCCAUCAAUGCCAACGGUGUUUCAGAGCGAAACCAAUUCUGAUCCAGCAACAAAUGGGUCAAUUACCAAGGGAAAGAGUGACAGUAGGUCGAGCAUUCCUGAAAUCCGGAGUAGACUAUUUUGGACCUGUAUAUAUCCGCGAUGGCCGCCGAAAACCUGCAAGAAAAACUUAUGUAGCGCUGUUUGUGUGUAUGAGUACGAAGGCAGUGCAUAUGGAGCAUGUUACGGAUUUGUCGACUGAACGAUUUCUGCAGGCUUUGAGACGGUUUAUUUCUCGACGUGGCCGAUGCACGGACAUCUUUUCCGAUAACGGUACUAAUUUCGUGGGUGCAAAGAAUAAAAUGUGUGAGUUGUUCGAUUUGCUCAAGGAUCAGCGACAUCAUGAUGCUAUCUCCAAGGAAUGUGCAAACGAGGGGAUGCAAUGGCACUUUAUUCCUCCAGCAGCCCCACACUUUGGUGGAUUAUGGGAAGCUGCGGUACGCUCAGCAAAAUUCCAUCUACUACGUGUACUAGGAGAAAAUCCGGUCUGCCAAGAAGAUUUCAGCACCCUUUUGGUCCAGGUAGAAGCGAGUUUAAAUUCCCGGCCGCUUACCCCAAUGUCAGAUGAUCCAACCGAUCUGGAAACUCUGACUCCGGCUCAUUUUCUGACAGGUGACUCGCUUCAAAAUAUUCCGGAACCUGAUUAUAGCACGGUCCAGCUCAAUCGUUUAAGUCGAUGGCAACUAGUGCAAAGGCAAUUGUAG